AGAUAUUUUGUGUUGACUCAACAAUAUGAGUUGCGGAGACUUCCUUUAAAACCCUUGGGUUCCUCCUACAAACCAUUAUUCAGAGCUGCAGAGACUUUCUUUGAUUAAUUCCUUUCUACUUACAAACAAAGAAUCAUGGCUGGUUUUGUUGGGGAAGCUGUUUUGUCUGGUCUCAUCCAGAAACUGAUUGACAUGGUCACCUCCCCUGAGCUCUGGAAUUUCGCUAGCGAAGAGCACGUCCAUUCUGAGCUUAACAAGUGGAAGAAAAUUUUGACGAAGAUCUAUGCAGUCCUCCAUGACGCAGAGGAGAAGCAUAUGACGGACCCCCUGGUGAAGAUGUGGCUUGACGAGCUCGGAGACUUGGCUUAUGAUGUGGAGGACAUCUUGGACAGCUUCGCCACUGAAGCUUUGCGACGCAAUUUGAUGGCGGAAACCCUUCCUUCUGGCACUCAACCUAGCACAAGUAAGUUACGGAGCCUCAUCCCUUCUUGUUGUACUAGUUUCACUCCAAAUUCUAUUAAGUUUAAUGCGGAGAUGUGGUCCAAAUUCAAGAAGAUCACCGCCGGGUUACAAGAAAUUUCUGCACAAAAAAAUGAUCUCCAUUUAACAGAGAAUAUUGCUGGGAAGAGGUCUACCAAAACAAGGGAAAUACUUCCCACCACUUCUUUAGUGGAUGAGUCCCGUGUUUAUGGUAGGGAAACGGAUAAAGCAGCCAUAGCCAACUUGUUACUCAGGGAUGAUCCAUGUACUGAUGAAGUCUGCGUGAUUCCUGUUGUCGGUAUGGCUGGUAUUGGCAAAACUACUCUCGCCCAACUUGCAUUCAACGAUGAUGAAGUAAAAGCUCAUUUUGAUUUGAGAGUUUGGGUCUAUGUUUCUGAUGAUUUUGAUGUCUUGAAGAUCACGAAAACAAUUCUACAAUCAGUUUCUCCGAAUACUCACGAUGUUAAUGAUCGUAAUUUGCUUCAGAUGACACUAAGGGAGGACCUUUCCGGGAAGAAAUUUCUUCUUAUCCUAGACGAUGUAUGGAAUGAGAACCUUGAUUCGUGGGAUUUUUUGUGCAUGCCAAUGAGAUCAGGGGCACCGGGUAGUAAGCUUAUUGUCACAACCCGUAAUGAAGGUGUUGUAUCAAUCACUCGAACUCUCCCAGCUUAUCGUCUUCAGGAGUUAGCAUACGAAGAUUGUUUAUCUGUAUUCACUCAACAAGCAUUAAGGAAAAGUAAUUUCGAUGGUCAUUCACACUUGAAAGAAGUUGGUGAGGAAAUAGUGAGAAAGUGCAAGGGCAUGCCUUUGGCAGCAAAGGCCCUUGGUGGCAUGUUGCGCAACCAAGUAAGUCUUGAUGCAUGGGAAAAUAUUUUAAUAGGUAAGAUAUGGGAUCUACCCAAAGACAAAUGUCGCAUUAUUCCUGCUCUCAAGUUAAGCUACCAUCAUCUCCCUUCUCAUUUGAAGCAGUGUUUUGCCUAUUGUUCAAUAUUUCCGAAAGGCUAUGAAUUCGACAAAGAUGAGUUAAUCCAAUUAUGGAUGGCCGAGGGUUUUCUUCAACAAACAAAGUAAAAUACCCGGCCGGAAGA